ACUUGCAGGCAGUGCCCUCGUUUCACUUUCAACCACGUUUUGGUUUUUACUCUCUCUCUCUUCUUGGCCGAGAGAAAAAAAAAUCUCUACUAUGUAAACACAAGAGAAACAUUUCUGAAUACUAUCUGAUUAUUCACUGUCAGAUCUAUUCUUCGACACCAAAGGGAAAAUUGAUAGACGCACAAAGUAUUCAGGCUGGAGCAAUUAAAGACGAUUGGUAGGGAGCUCGCUAUGGGCUCCCAAGGCGGAUUCUAUCAGUCCAAAGAGUUUCUGGAUCUGGUGAAGUCCAUCGGCGAGGCUCGAUCCAAGGCCGAGGAAGACCGAAUUGUUCUCAACGAGAUCGAGACUCUCAAACGCCGCAUAUCGGAGCCCGACAUCCCCAAACGCAAGAUGAAAGAGUACAUCAUCAGAUUGGUUUACGUGGAGAUGCUCGGUCACGAUGCUUCCUUCGGUUACAUUCACGCCGUUAAGAUGACUCACGAUGAUAGUCUUCUCGUCAAACGAACUGGUUACUUGGCUGUUACGCUCUUCUUGAAUGAAGAUCAUGAUUUGAUCAUUUUGAUUGUCAACACCAUUCAGAAGGAUUUGAAGUCUGACAAUUUCUUGGUGGUCUGCGCCGCCUUAAAUGCCGUUUCUAAGUUGAUCAAUGAGGAGACAAUUCCUGCCGUAUUGCCGCAGGUCGUGGAGUUGCUUGCCCAUCCUAAGGAGGCUGUACGGAAGAAGGCCAUCAUGGCUCUCCAUCGCUUUUAUCAGAAAUCCCCCUCUUCUGUCUCUCAUCUUGUCUCCAAUUUUCGCAAGAGGCUUUGUGAUAAUGAUCCCGGAGUUAUGGGUGCAACCCUUUGUCCGCUUUUUGAUCUUAUAACAAGAGAUGUUAAUUCUUACAAAGAUUUGGUCAUUAGCUUUGUAAGCAUUCUUAAACAAGUGGUUGAACGCAGAGUACCAAAGGCUUAUGAUUACCAUCAGAUGCCAGCUCCUUUUAUUCAGAUCAAAUUGCUGAAAAUUCUGGCAUUGCUUGGAAGUGGCGACAAGCAAUCAAGUGCAAAAAUGUAUACUGUAGUGGGAGACAUAUUCAGAAAAUGUGAUUCAUCAAGUAAUAUAGGAAAUGCUAUACUUUAUGAGUGCAUAUGCUGUGUUUCCUCUAUAUAUCCAAAUCCCAAGUUAUUAGAGUCUGCGGCAGAUGUUAUAUCAAGAUUUUUAAAGAGUGACAGUCAUAACCUAAAGUACAUGGGCGUUGAUGCUCUUGGCCGAUUGAUAAAGAUAAGUCCUGAGAUUGCUGAGCAACAUCAAUUGGCUGUGAUUGAUUGCUUAGAGGACCCAGAUGACACUCUGAAGAGAAAAACAUUUGAACUACUGUACAAAAUGACCAAGUCUACAAAUGUGGAGGUUAUUGUUGAUCGUAUGAUUGAUUAUAUGAUUAGCAUUAAUGAUAAUCAUUAUAAAACUGAAAUAGCAUCUCGAUGUGUUGAACUUGCUGAGCAAUUUGCACCGAGCAAUCGUUGGUUCAUCCAGACCAUGAACAAAGUUUUUGAGCAUGCGGGAGAUCUGGUGAAUAUUAAGGUAGCACAUAAUUUGAUGCGGUUGAUUGCGGAGGGAUUUGGAGAGGAUGAUGAUACUGCAGAUAGUCAACUGAGAUCAUCUGCUGUGGAGUCAUACUUGUGCAUUCUUGGUGAACCAAAGUUGCCAUCUGUUUUUCUUCAAGUAAUUUGUUGGGUCUUGGGAGAAUAUGGAACCACUGAUGGAAAGUUUUCUGCUUCCUACAUUAUUGGGAAGUUAUGUGAUGUGGCAGAGGCAUAUUCUAAUGAUGAGACUGUUAAGGCAUAUGCAGUUACAGCUCUCAUGAAAAUACAUACAUUUGAAAUAGCAGCUGGGAGGAAAGUAGAUAUGCUGCCUGAGUGUCAAUCUUUAAUGGAAGAAUUAUUGGCUUCUCACUCAACAGAUUUGCAGCAACGUGCCUAUGAACUGCAAGCAGUGAUUGGCCUUGAUGCUCAUGCUGUUGCGUGUAUUAUGCCAUCAGAUGCAAGUUGUGAAGACAUUGAGGUUGAUAAAGGGCUUUCAUUCCUUAAUGGUUAUAUCCAAGAGUCAAUAGAAAAAGGCGCUCAGCCCUAUAUUCCUGAGAGUGAACGCUCUGGAAUGUUAAAUAUCAGCAAUUUUAGGAGCCAAGAUCACCAUGAAGCUUCAUCACAUGGUCUCAGGUUUGAGGCGUAUGAGCUUCCAAAGCCGAUAGUGCAGUCUAAGAUUCCUCCAGCAUCACUUGCUUCAACUGAACUUGUUCCGGUGCCCGAGAAAAUGUAUCCUAGGGAGAGCUACCAGACUACUGUGCCUUCUGUAUCAUCAGAUGCAGGACCUUCAGAGCUCAAGCUACGACUAGAUGGAGUCCAAAUGAAGUGGGGUAGACCAACAUUUUCUCCUGCAACAUCUACCUCAAAUUCUACUAUUUCACAGAAAACAGUUAAUGGGAUCACACAAGUUGAUGGGGCAAGCACUGCAAAUUCAAGAACACGUGAAACUUAUGAUUCAAGGAAACCACAGGUUGAAAUUUCUCCAGAAAAGAAGAAACUUGCUGCUUCACUGUUUGGAGGUUCAUCAAAAACAGAAAAGAGGGCAGCUACUGGUCAUAAGAUUUCUAAGUCAAGCAGCCACAUGGUGGAGAAGUCUCAUGUGCCAAAGUCUAGUAUGGAAGUUGCAUCAGAAAAGACACCUCCUGUUCAACAACCUCUGGACUUGCUUGAUUUGGGGGAACCAACUGUCACAAGUACUGUUCCUUCCGUAGAUCCAUUUAAACAAUUAGAGGGCCUUGUUGACACAACUCAGGUUGCUUCAGCUGUAAAUCAUGGUUUGACUGCUGCUGCCAAGUCACCUGAUAUAAUGGCAUUGUAUUCAGAGACACCUGCAGACGGUGAUCUUUUAUCUGGCGUGUUAAAUCCUUCAAUGACAAACAUGCCUGGUGGCACCACAACGAGGCAAUCAAUGCCACGUAGUAAGGGCCCCAACCCUAAAGAUUCCUUGGAAAAGGAUGCACUGGUUAGGCAGAUGGGUGUGACUCCGGCAAGUCAGAAUCCAAACUUGUUUAAAGAUCUACUUGGCUGAAGUAUAUUUGAAGUAUUUACGGCUAUCAAAUUUCAGUGUGGUUUUUCAUACAGCUGGACAGUUGAUUGGUGAAUCAUAGGAGCUAUAAGCUAUUAUGAGCAGACAUGCAGAGAUACUGGUAGAAAUUUGAUCCAGCCACCUGGAAUGGGAUUUAAAAUCCAGAUAUGGGUCUGAAGUUGUUGGAGAGUAGAGUUUUUUGGUUUUUUUUGUUGUUGUUGUUGUUGUUGUUUUCAUAGGAAAUAGCACAACACGGGUGUUUUGUUGAGUGUUUUGCCUGGGGAGCUUUUCGUGGCUGUUCCAACUUCCAAUUGCCUCAUGCCCAAAGACGGAGGGUUUGCCAAGCGCGCUUGCCCGCUUUUUCACUGUAUGCUGUUGAGUCUCUUGUUGUUAUAAUAAUGCUGUAUAAAUAGUACUAUAAUAAAUGGUCUCCGUUCUUCUUUUGGAUGUUACAUAAUUUUUUUUUUUUUGGGAAGACUUAAAUAUGUCCUUUUGUUUGGCAUCUCAAGAAUUUUGAUUCCAUACUCUGAUUGGUUAAUGCUUGGGAAAGGCAAAGACGAGGCUGAAAAAGUAUAUUUUUGUUU